AUGAGCGAGCUGAAAAGGCCUGCGGAAGAGCAUGUUGGAGACCCGAAACGGGCCAAGCUGGGAAGUAGCGACUUAUCUGAGCUUCAGAACAUGAAUCUUUUCCCAGAAAUCGGUGUUCAGCCAGCGGAGACCAACAUGGACGAACCUGAGAUCACGAAAAACCCAAACGAACUAGACAUUAACGCCACCGCAGAAGGAUGCAGUGACGAGUCAGAAGAUGAAAAGGAACUGUCAUCGAAGCUCAUAGCAAUACCAGGAACAAACAUAGUGCUGGAAUCAGAGGAAGACAUUCGAAAAUGGAUUGAAGAGCGACGUAAAAAUUGGCCAACGAACAAAAGGGUGCAAGAAAAACAGAGUAUGCAGAAGGACCAGACGCAGACGAAAGCAAAUGAGCCACGAAACCGCCGUGUGUGCAGGUUCUGGCAGAACUCGCGCAAUUGCAAAAAUGGAGCCAAGUGCAGAUUCCUGCACGAAUCGGGCCCUCAGAGGCCUCGACAACUCCCUAACCACAAAGUCAAACAAAUCCAGGGGUUUUCUGUGCAGAUUCCUCAACGUUUCACUCCGCUAGUCCACAAAGGGCGCUCGUUGCACAAUCUGGUGGCAGAGAGAGAAAUGCUUGACGAAAACGUCAAACUUCUGGGAAUAUUCAAGAAAUUGAUUGAUAAUAAUCUUAUACAGGACUGGGACGAGCUGAAACGGCGGCUCAAUCUUGAUAAACAGAACUAG